CAUCCCCUCCGAUCUCCCCCGCUUGUUCCUCGGGAUUUUUGAUUGCCCAAAGCCACCGGGAAGAUGGUGGAAAAUUCGCCGUCGCCGCUGCCAGAAAGGGCCAUUUACGGCUUUGUCCUUUUCCUAAGCUCGCAGUUUGGCUUCAUACUUUAUCUCGUGUGGGCUUUCAUUCCCGAAUCUUGGCUGAACUCCUUAGGCUUAACUUACUGGCCUCAAAAAUACUGGGCGGUUGCAUUGCCUGUCUACCUCCUUAUUGCUGUUGUAAUUGGCUAUGUCCUCUUGUUUGGAAUUAACAUGAUGAGUACCUCUCCACUCAACUCCAUUCAUACCAUCACAGAUAACUAUGCUAAAAGUCAGCAGUGGAAGAAGUACCAGGAAGACGCCAUCCCUGCGCUGAGAGACGUCCCCAUCAGUGAAGUGAACAGGAUGUUCUUCCUUGAGAGGCGAGGACUUAACACCCAAAACUGAACUCGCAACACGACACAGUCAAGCAACCGAGCACAGUGUCUCACAAAGCCUUCUAUCGUGCAGCCAGGGCUGACAAUGACUGUCCAAGCUGCUCGCCCUUAGCUCAGCCUUGGCUACUCCCUUGGAGAAAGCAGGAAGUGAUCAGAGCUACCACGCGUGUUCGCAGUAUCCUUCUGACCUUUGCAAGGACCAGUGAUGGGCCGACGCUUUGAAAUGAAUUACAGUGAGCAUAGUGCUCCCUGGCACUUCAGCUUCAAAAUCGGCUUUCGUGCUAUGUCUCCUUAUCAGGGACUGUCAAGGACCAGGAUGUCUCACACUAUGGGCUGUAUUUCCUUUGAGGGUUAGGAUGAACUCCCUGAGGCUUCUCUCCACCUUGAAUGACCUCAGGACCUUUCCAAUAGUUUGUAAAAAGUGGAACUUCCAAAGACCUUUUGUGUGAUUUAUACAGUGCUUUUAUAAAUAGUAAACCAGGGGCAGUGA